UCUGUGACGCUGCACGUUAGUGUGCUUUAUCCGCGUCUCCGGAUCUGGUCGAUGUGAAAGCGAUCGAGGCGCAAAACGACGAAAUGCCGACCAAAAGGUCGGCAAUGGAGGACGCGGCGUGAACGGUUAAAGGACACAACAACAGCAACAACGUGUGUGUGUGUGGUGUGUGUGUCUGUGUGUGUGUGUGAGUGUAAGUGAGUGCGUCUGUGAGCACUUUAACCGUUUAAAUCGAGUUCUGACGUCAUCCCAACUCCUUUUGGUUUUCUUGAACAGAUUUUUCUCGAUAGAUCGAAAAGAUGCCAGUGUUGACGUCAUCAUCGACUUCGUCACCGAGCCGGCGACUCGGAGGAUCAUACACGUCCUACAGCUCAUCUUAUGGCAGCGGGGGCGGCAGCUCUUCUUACUCGCGAUCAUCGUCAACGUUCAGCAGCAGCAGCAGCAGCGGGCGGACGUCCAGCUUGGACCGCUCACCUUAUUCUUCGAGUUAUGUCGCCAGCAGCUACAAAUACACCAGUCCCUCGGUGUCGGUUACAAGAGAUUAUUCCGUGUCCUCCAGACCCCCCAUAUCGUCGACUCGAACCAGUUCUUCGCUGUACAGUUCGUCGACACGGACGUCGCCCGCCCGCACUUACUUCUCGACGCGCAAAUCCACUUCUGAAGAUGGCGCCACCGGCUCUUCGCGCAAUCGAGAAACUCAAUCGGAAACGAGAGACUUGUCCAGCAGCAGCACGGCCAACAGCAAUAAUAAUUACCUGAAUGGCAACGUCAAAAGGUCGCGAGAUUAUUCGUCCAAUUUCGUGCCGUCCUCGACUUUGUCGAAAUAUCGAACGGAACGGGCCAGCGGCCUGGCUAAUGGGUCGACGGUGCCGACACGGACCAGCAAAUAUUCGUCCGACAGAGACGCUGAAAUACCCAAAAUCGGCGAUCGCAUUCGCAAUUUUCAGUCGUCAAAAUCGGUGGGGGAAACGCCCGUUUUCAGGUCGCGCUUCCUCCGCUCGUCGCAGCCGCUGGACGACAAAAAAGAGGAGCAGCAAAACGCCGAGGAAGAUGUCAGACCGACCGUGUCUGAUUUGCGACGACGCUACGAUCAAAAUCGCAAUCACGUGACUCCCGACAGGAGCCGGACAUCGCCGGCGCCUUCUUCGUCAUUUACCGGCAAACCACCGCCAAUUGGCGGCUCGAAAUCGAGCAGAACGACGACGACGGGCUACGGUUCAGAUAGCGACGAAUCUGUGGAACGUGACGGAGGAAGCACUCCAGUCAACCAGCGUUUGGCCGCCGUUGCUCCGUCCGCCCGCAUUCAAAACAGCCCGACGCCUGACCGCAUCGUCAACGGGGAGAGCAGCCGAGCCUCGCCAGCGCCCAGGACUGCGCCGGCAAUCGCUAAAGAUGUGGCCCUUCGAUCAUCUUCGCCAUCAACGCUCUCGUCUUCAUCGUCCGACGACAAUCAGGAUGGAGGACAUCUUCCGGCCAUUCGAUCUUCAGUUACCUCAGCAAAGUUGAGUGGAGCGAGAGGAUCGAGGCACUCGAUUUCGGAUUCAGUCGAUCAGACGUCAGAGACGUCGUCACCGAAAUCGGCGCCUCGGUCACGCACCUGCAGUUCAAGCCAAGCCAAGACCACCACGUCCAACGAGAGUACAGGACUGGUUGGACUCAGAAAUAUUGGCAAUACGUGUUUUAUGAAUUCGGUGCUGCAGUGCCUGAGCAACACUCGCUCUGUGCUUGAAUACGUCAUAUCGAACGAGUACGCCAAUCACAUCAACACUUCCACGUCAUCGAUGAACGGAGCUCUCAUCAAAGCAUUCGCCAUCGUUUUAGCCGAAUUGUGGAAGAAAGAAGAUGACGAUGACGACUCGUACUCAUCCAGCGCUGUUAAUCCGACUGCUCUAAAGAGCCAGAUUCAAAAAUUUGCUCCUCGUUUCAUGGGCUACAAUCAACAAGACGCCCAGGAAUUUCUCCGAUAUCUUUUGGAGGGUUUGCACGAAGAUGUCAACCGAAUUGCCGUCAAACCCCGCCCUCUCGAACAUGACAUUUCAGAUGAUUUGAGUGAUUCGGAGAAGGCCGCGGAAUCGUGGAAGCGUUACGUGAGGAGGGACGACUCGAAGAUCGUGGACCUGUUUGUUGGCCAGCUCAAAUCAACUUUACAGUGCACUGUCUGCGGUCACUGCAGCGUGACGUUUGAUCCCUUUUGGGAUCUCUCUCUGCCUAUCCCGCCGUCCAGCAAAUCCAACGUCAAGUUGCAGCACUGCCUCGAUCUUUUCGGCAAGGAAGAAAUACUCGACGGAGAUGAAAAGCCCACGUGUUCCAAAUGUCAAACUCGGCGCAAGUGCACCAAAAAGUUCACCAUUCACAAGUUCCCUCAGAUUCUUGUGCUCCAUUUGAAACGCUUCAGUCCCGGCGAGAGAUUCCGCAAAUUAGACGCCAGCGUCGAUUUCCCGCUGACGGACCUGGACUUGUCUGCCUACACAAGUCCAGGCAUCAAACCAUCGCCUUGCAGCUACCAACUUUACGGAGUCAUCAAUCAUUCGGGAUCGGCCUAUUCGGGACACUACACGGCCUCCUGCCGGCAUCCAUUCAGUGCGAAUUGGCACGAAUACAACGACUCUAGGAUAUCGAACUUGACCGCCCAGCGGGUCGUUUCAUCAGAGGCCUACCUAUUGUUUUACGAAUUGGAGUCGACGGAAGCCCGUUUAUAGUUAUUUACUAUGCGAGAGAGAGAGAGAGAAGAAAAAGAAAGAAAGAAUAAAUCCCCGCCCACCUAAUAUCCCACACUUAACACCACACUAUAUAACAUUUUUUGUUUUGUUUUUUUAGGAAUCAAUAUUUUCUUUCAAUUUUAUUGAUCAUUUAAUGAUAUGUACACAUGCUUAGGCCAGAAACGCUGCAUAUUUGGUAAAAAUAGUUCACCGUACCAGAAAUAUCAUAUUUUUUCUGGGUGGAUGCAAUCCCCGAAUCAUUUCAAGAAAAGUUAAAUUCGAAUGUGUUCAGAAUAAGAAGAAGAAUUCAAUCAUUGCGAGCUAGUCAAAGAAAGAGGAGAAAUUCUUGAAAAAGUUUUGUGACUUAAAACAAAAAUAAUAAUAAUAAUUUCGAGGAAAAUUGUUCAAACUUUUUUUGUGUGGGAAGAGCUAUGAGAGAUUUAAGAAAAAAAAGUAUUGCGUUUGUGAUUCAUCCAGUAAUAUUUUACCUACAUAUAGUCCGUGUUACUAUUAAAAAAACAAAAAAUUUUAUUCACUCUAUCUGAAACAGAAAACCUAAUAAUGCCAUUUUUCAAAAUCAAUAUCUCAUUUUCUUUUUUUCUUCUAGAGAUCAAACUUACAAAAGAGUCAUCGUGAAAUUGAAUUAUCAGCAUUGUGUGUGUGUGUGUUCAGUUCUGUUACAUCGUUACAUAAUUAUCAAUUCUCUGCUCCCUCCCCGGUAGAAAUCAUUAUAUAUGCAAAACGCCUCUCCCUUUACUCCCUUGCCCCCACUGUCAGUACUUUUUUUGAGUCUUUCAAGUUGACCCACGCAUCUUAAAAAAUGGAGAAACCAGUAGCUUUGUUGCAUAAGUACUAAAAAAAAAGAUGAAAAUAAUU